UACGGAAAAUGUAUAAACCUAAAUUUGUUUCUCGAAUCAACGGGAAACAUCUCGCGCCGUCGAUUGGGAUUUUGAGAUUUCCUCUUGGGAGAAGUUGAAAAUGGUGGUGAUUGAGCCUGUGCCUUCUACGGUUGUCGAAUCAAAAAGGUCAACAUCAACCUCCGCUGCCGCCGGCAGAGAAGAUAUGGGCAGUAGCGAUCAAGCGAACGCUGCCGGAGUAGAUUCCAAAAGUGACGGUAAAGCAGCUGACGACGGAUACGCAUCCGACGGUUUCGAAACCGCAAGCGAGACUGAAGUUGGCGAUGACGAAACUGUCUCUGAUGAUAAUAACAAUUUAAACGAUACCGUUGAACAUCAAGAACACCAACCGGUAGAAGUGUCUGUGGCAUCGAAUUCGAAGGAUCAGUCCUAUGAAGAUAGGCUCAACGAAGACAAACUUAAGCAGGAACUUAUAGUACAAAUGAAUGAGGCAAAAGUUGAAGGCAAUAAAUUAUUUGGAGAUGGUUUGUAUGAUGAAGCUUUACUGAAGUACGAUUACGCGAUACAACUUGCACCUCAGAUGCCCUCAUCUGUCGAAAUUAGGUCAAUAUGCCAUAAUAAUCGUGCAACGUGUUUCUUUAAGCUGGGGAAGUACGAGGAUUCCAUUAAAGAAUGCACAAAAGCAUUGGAACUAAAUCCUACAUACAUGAAACCGCUAGUUAGAAAAGCAGAGGCCCAUGAAAAGCUUGAAAAUUAUGAUGAGUCUAUUGCUGAUCUGAAGAAAAUCCUGGAAUUAGAUCCUUCAAAUCAGCAAGCUAGGAGAAGCAUCAUCCGUUUAGAACCGUUGGCCAUAGAAAAGCGUGAAAAGUUGAAGGACGAGAUGUUAGGGAAGUUGAAAGAAAUGGGGAACUCGGUUCUAGGGCGAUUUGGGAUGAGCGUGGAUAACUUCAAAGCGGUGAAAGAUCCAAAUACGGGUUCAUAUUCCAUCUCAUUUCAGCAGUAGUUGUGCAUAAAAAACGAGUAUACAUAUAGAGAUCUGGUACAAUGGCUAUAUUUAAUGUGGAAGCAGUUGAUAUAUGGUAAUCUUUUGUAGUUGGUUGUUAUCGGACAUGUUGCUGUCUCAACGUUUGUAGAUUCGGUUAUUCAUUUCACUUUUCGAUCCAA